AUUCUUGGUCAGAAAAAAAUGGGGCUGUAGGGGGAACUCCUUGCCUUCUGCACCCUCCCUGCACAUUCUCUCUCUCGCGUUCUUCAAAAGUCUCUUUUUGACCAUGCUCUCUUUCUUCCCUUCUUCCUCCUAUCUGCUCCAGGCUUUCCUAUUUGCUAUCCCCGCUCAUUCAUUAGCUGUAUCUCUCUGUGUUUGCAUAUAAAUGACUGCUAUAAUUUAUUCAAGACCUUUGUCAAGGUUUUGAUCCGUCAAGACCUCUAAAAACUCUGUUUUUCUUUCUCUAUCUCUGUUUCCCAAUCAUGGGUUCUUGCUUUUCUACCAACAAAGUCAUUGGCUCUAGCAGCAACAACACCAAUACCCACAACACCACAACCACCACCAUCAAUCACAACCGUAAACAGAACACCGAGUCCCAUACGAGAACUACCACUACGACGAAACAGGAGUCUUCGAGCAAUCAGCGACAGAACAAAGCGAACGGGAGGAAUUCGCAUCAGCUGAGACCCAAAGACAAACCAGUCUCGAGGCGGCAGAGCGGGCUGAUCCCCUGUGGGAAGCGUACAGAUUUCGGGUACGACAAGGAUUUCAGCCAACGCUACACGAUUGGGAAGUUGUUGGGACACGGGCAGUUCGGGUACACCUACGUCGCCACCGACAAGGCGAAUGAGGAUCGAGUCGCGGUUAAGAGAAUUGAAAAGAAUAAGAUGGUUCUUCCUAUUGCUGUUGAGGAUGUGAGGCGGGAGGUCAAGAUAUUGCAAGCACUUACAGGCCACGAGAAUGUGGUUCACUUCUAUAAUGCGUUUGAGGAUGAUUCAUAUGUGUAUAUAGUAAUGGAGUUAUGUGAGGGUGGCGAAUUGCUAGAUCGUAUAUUAUCCAAGAAGGACAGCAGAUAUACUGAGAAAGAUGCAGCAGUAGUUGUGCGCCAGAUGCUCAAAGUUGCAGCUGAGUGUCAUUUACAUGGGUUGGUACACCGAGACAUGAAACCGGAGAAUUUUCUUUUUAAGUCAACUAAACAAAAUUCACCACUGAAGGCCACAGAUUUUGGUUUGUCAGAUUUCAUUAACCCAGGAAAGAAGUUCCAAGAUAUCGUUGGCAGUGCUUAUUAUGUUGCUCCUGAAGUAUUAAAACGCAAGUCAGGACCUGAAUCGGAUGUCUGGAGUAUUGGUGUGAUUACCUACAUUUUGCUCUGUGGAAGGCGCCCCUUUUGGGAUAAGACUGAAGAUGGUAUAUUUAAGGAGGUUUUACGAAACAAGCCCGAUUUUCGCCGCAAACCAUGGCCAAGCAUAAGCAAUAGUGCUAAAGAUUUUGUAAAGAAGUUACUGGUGAAGGAUCCUCGGGCAAGAUUAACUGCUGCUCAGGCCCUAUCGCACCAAUGGGUUAGAGAGGGAGGAAAUGCAUCAGAGAUCCCUAUCGAUAUAUCUGUUCUAAGUAACAUGCGGCAAUUUGUAAGAUACAGUCGAUUGAAACAGUUUGCUCUAAGGGCACUUGCUAGCACACUUGAUGACGAGGAGCUCGCAGAUCUUAAAGAUCAAUUUGCUGCAAUUGAUGUGGAUAAAAAUGGUUCUAUUAGUCUAGAAGAAAUGAGACAUGCCCUUGCUAAAGAUCUUCCUUGGAAGUUGAAGGACUCGGGCGUCUUAGAGAUUCUGCAAGCGAUUGACAGCAACACAGAUGGCCUUGUUGAUUUCAAUGAGUUUGUAGCAGCCACGCUACAUGUGCAUCAAAUGGAAGAGCAUGACUCUGAGAAGUGGCAGCAGCGGUCUCAGGCCGCUUUCGAGAAAUUCGACAUCGAUAAAGAUGGGUUUAUUACUCCGGAGGAACUGAGACUGCACACGGGUUUAAGAGGCUCCAUUGAUCCACUUCUUGACGAGGCUGAUAUUGAUAGAGAUGGGAAAAUAAGUCUAUCAGAAUUCCGCAGACUUCUAAGAACUGCAAGCAUUAGUUCACGAAAUGUGAGUAGCCCUACUGGCCAUCGGAGUUCCUGGAAGAUAUAGAUCCAAACUAGAGUUUUGAAGAUUUAGAGAAGUGAUAAGAGGCCAAUAGCUGUGGUGUUCCUUUUCCCAGAUUUCAUUUACUUUGUACUAGAUGUCCUCAAUUACUUCUUAGGAAAUCUGGAUAGGAUUGUGAAUACAUUACGCCCAGGUGUUUGGUUUGGAGUUGGUGUGGAAUCUGCAUGGGAGAUGGCUCCAGGCAUGAUGGUUAUGCUGGUGUGAAUAAUGAAUUCCUUUUUUUGAGUAUGGAGGAUUUCCAGGUCAUGGCAUACAAAAUUGUAAUGUGUGACUUAUAAAUGAAAUUGUUGAUUAAAAUAGAGGAUUAGAAUUCAUUUGUGUUUAUAAUAUGUUCUUAGAAGUAUUUUCAUCCAA